UCUUCGUUACUCACAGGCAGAGGGAGGGAGCAGAGAGAGAGACACUGUACACCUUUCUGUCUCAGUGUGUGUGCACGGUAACCUCCUGUAACACACACACACUCACACACACACACACACACGGAGGGUUGCUGAUAUUUCCUGCUGGAACAAUCCGCUGUUUUGGGACUACUUUGCGCGGUUGUGAGCGCUGCGGAGGUUUCGUGCAGCCCGCAGACAUGCAGCCCAACCCGGCAGUGAGUGUGUGAGCUGCUGCAGGUUGAGUGUGAAGUUUGGACUCCAGCUGCUGCAUGUGAGGAGGAAACUUUCUGACACACACACACACAGAGGAAGAGAGAGAGGAAGAGGAGAAGAAAGUUUGUACCUGUUCGGUGUUUUCUUGUUGUUGGUGGUGAAGCAGCUGCAGGAUGUCUGACUCUGCCUCCAGUUUCCUUCACAUCGGGGAUAUCGUGUCCCUGUACGCCGAGGGGACAGUGAACGGCUUCAUCAGCACCCUGGGGUUGGUAGAUGACCGCUGUGUGGUCGAACCAGCUGCUGGAGAUCUGGAGAAUCCUCCAAAGAAGUUCAGAGACUGCCUGUUCAAGGUGUGUCCCAUGAGUCGGUACUCGGCUCAGAAACAGUUCUGGAAAGCCAAACAAGCCAAACAUGAGAAGGACAAGAUCGCCGACGUGGUUCUGCUGCAGAAACUACAGCAUGCAUCCAACCUGGAGCAGAAGCAGAACGAGACAGAAAACAAGAAAGUCCACGGAGACGUUGUAAAAUACGGAACUGUCAUGCAGUUGCUCCAUAUGAAGAGUAAUAAAUACCUGACGGUGAACAAGCGUCUGCCGGCUCUGCUGGAGAAGAACGCCAUGCGGGUCACUCUGGACGGGACGGGAAACGAAGGCUCGUGGCUCUUCAUCCAGCCGUUCUGGAAACUCCGCGCCAACGGAGACAAUGUGGUGGUGGGAGAUAAAGUGAUCCUGAACCCGGUGAAUGCCGGUCAGCCGCUUCACGCUUCAAACUACGAACUGACCGACCAUCCAGGCUGUAAAGAGGUGAACUCGGUGAACUGCAACACCAGCUGGAAGAUCAACCUGUUCAUGAUGUUCAGUGACCACAGAGAGGAAGUCCUCAAAGGAGGUGAAGUGGUGCGUCUGUUUCACGCUGAGCAGGAAAAGUUUCUGACCUGCGACGAGUACAAGAGCAAACUCCACGUCUUCCUCCGAACGACACUGCGACAGUCCGCAACCUCAGCGACCAGCUCCAACGCCCUGUGGGAGGUGGAGGUUGUCCAUCAUGACCCAUGUCGAGGGGGGGCGGGACACUGGAACAGCCUCUACCGAUUCAAACACCUGGCCACCGGCAACUACCUGGCUGCUGAGGAGAACCCAGGCUAUAAAGGAGACAAUGUAGAGUCGUCGUCCUCGAUCGACGGUAGUCGUAGCAACAAGCGCUCCCACGGUGAGAGGAUCAAGUACAAGUUGGUGGCAGUGGCUCAUGGGAACGACAUCGCCUCGCUGUUCGAGCUCGACCCGACCACGCUGCAGAAGACAGACUCCUUCGUACCACGAAACUCGUACGUACGACUGAGACACCUGUGCACCAACACCUGGAUCCAGAGCACCAACGUCCCCAUCGAUAUAGACGAGGAGAGACCCAUCAGACUCAUGUUAGGAACGUGUCCCACUAAAGAGGAUAAGGAGGCGUUCGCCAUCGUCUCCGUUCCUGUGAUGGAGAUCAGAGAUCUGGACUUUGCUAACGAUGCCAGCGCCAUGCUGAGCACUGUGGUGGACCAGUUCAGCCAGGGCUUCAUCAGCCCAAAUGACCGCCGAUUUGCCAUUAAGCUGCUGGAGGACGUGGUUUUCUUCGUGGCUGACGUCAUCAACAGCGGUCAGCCGGUCUUGGAAGUAGCCAUGACCAAAGCCAACCGAGAGAGACAGAAGCUAAUGAGAGAACAGAACAUCCUUAAACAGAUCUUUGGCAUCCUGAAGGCUCCCUUUAAGGACCGGGCUGGAGGGGAGGGUCCUCUGCUGCGUCUGGAGGAGCUGGCAGACCAGAAGAACUCUCCCUACCAGUACAUGUUCAGACUCUGUUACAGAGUCCUCCGACACUCCCAGGAGGACUACCGUAAGAACCAGGAGCACAUAGCGAAGCAGUUCGGUGUGAUGCAGAGUCAGAUCGGUUAUGACAUCCUGGCCGAGGACACAAUCACUGCCCUGCUUCACAACAACCGCAAACUGCUAGAGAAACACAUCACCAAAACCGAGGUGGAGACCUUUGUUAGCCUGGUCCGCAAGAACCGAGAGCCCAGGUUUCUGGACUACCUAUCAGACCUGUGUGUGUCAAACAACGUGGCCAUCCCCGUCACUCAGGAGCUCAUUUGUAAAUGUGUGCUGGACCCCAAAAACCAGGACAUCCUCAUCAAGACAGAACGUCGUGUCCCCAAAGAGGCGUCCCCUGGUGGUGUUCAGGGAGAAUACAUGGGGAUGGAUGACUUUGGAGAUGAUGACGAGGUGUGGCUUGUGUGGACAGACAAGACCAACGAGAGACAAGAGAAGGGCAUCAGACAGCUGGCUCAGGAGGCAAGACAAGGGAAUGCUCACGAUGAAAAUGUCCUCACCUACUACAGAUACCAGCUGAAGCUCUUUGCCCGAAUGUGUCUGGACCGUCAGUAUCUGGCCAUAGAUGAGAUCUCCAAGCAGCUGGACGUGGAGCUCAUCUUCCUUUGCAUGAUGGACGAGACGCUGCCAUUUGACCUCCGGGCCUCCUUCUGUCGCCUCAUGCUCCAUGCCCACGUUGACCGGGACCCGCAGGAGUUGGUGACUCCUGUAAAGUUUGCCCGCCUUUGGACCGAGAUCCCCACUUCCAUCACUAUCAAAGAUUAUGACUCCAACAUGGACGACAGCAGAGAUAACAAGAAGAACCGUUUCUCAAACACAAUGGCCUUCAUGGAGGAGUAUCUCAACAAUGUUCUGAAUGAAGAGUUGCCCUUCCACAAUGAGGAGAAAAACAAACUCACCUACGAGGUGGUGAGUUUGGCCAGACAUUUAAUCUACUUUGGUUUCUACAGUUUCUUCGAGCUUCUCAGACUCACCAGAACCCUGUUGGGCAUCAUCGACUGUAGACCCAAUCCUGGAUACACCGGGCUCUUAUUCCAUGAUGAUCUAUCAGGGAAGAAUGUGAAGCGCUCCAUACAUGGGGUGGGUCAGAUGAUGUCCACCAUGGUCCUCAACAGGAAGCUGUCAAUAUUUGGAGGUCCAGGAGCCAGAGGGACGGAGCUGGGGCCAGGACUUGUGCUUGAAGGACAGAGAGGCAGUAAAGAUAGUAUAGACAAGAUGGACCUGACAGUGAUGGACACCAAGCUGAAGAUACUGGAGAUAUUACAGUUCAUCCUGAACGUUCGUCUGGACUACCGCAUCUCCUUCCUGCUGUCUGUGUUUAAGAAGGAGUUUGUGGACGUUUAUCCGAUGGCUGACGCUGACGCGACCACCAACAUGGAGCAUGCAGCUGCCAUCAACUUGCAGCACAUUGGAGAGCAGGCAGAGGCUAUGUUUGGAGUCGGUAAGGGGAACAGUAUCCUGGAGGUGGAUGAUGAAGGCGGUCGUAUGUUCCUACGGGUGCUGAUCCACCUCACCAUGCACCACUACCCUCCUCUGGUGUCUGGCGCCCUGCAGCUGCUCUUCAGACACUUCAGCCAGAGACAGGAAGUGCUGCACACCUUCAAACAGGUCCAGUUGCUGAUCUCAGCUCAGGACGUGGAGAACUACAAGCUGAUCAAGGCAGAUCUGGAUCGCCUCCGAACAUUGGUGGAGAAAUCUGAACUGUGGGUGGAGAAGAAGAGCUCGGGUGGAGGGGAUGGGAAGAAAGACAAGAAAGACAAGAAGGAGAAAGGAGAGGGGGCAUCAGAGGACAUGACACCCAAGAAGGAGAAACUGGAGAAGGGCAACGAGAACUACCAGAACGUCAAAGAGAUCCUGGAGAGGUUGAAUAAGAUGUGCAGCACUGGUGUUUGGAAGAAGCAGCAGAGGUUGUUGAAGAACAUGGGAGCUCACAAAGUCAUGCUGGACCUGCUGCAGGUGUCCUACGACCAGAACGAUGUGAAGAUGCAGGAGAUCAUCAGGUACACUCACCUGUUCCUACAGAAGUUCUGUACGGGGAACCAGGAGAACCAGGCUCUGCUGCACAAGAACCUCAGUCUCUUCCUCAACCCCGGGCUGCUGGAGGCAGAGACAGUGCAGCACAUCUUCAGUAACAACUACCAGCUGUGCAGCGAGAUCUCCGAGAGCGUCCUGCAGCACUUCAUCCACUGUCUGGCCACGCACGGCCGCCACGUUCAGUACCUCAACUUCCUCCACACCAUCAUCAAGGCCGAGGGCAAGUACGUCAAGAAGUGUCAGGACAUGAUCAUGACGGAGUUAACCAACUCCGGCGAGGACGUUGUCGUCUUUUACAAUGACAAGGCCUCCUUCAACGUCAUGCUGGGGCUGAUGGCGGAGAGCAGGGAGGGGGUCGGCGAGAACAGCCCGCUCAGGUAUCACAUCUCUCUGGUGGAGCUGCUGGCAGCCUGUGCUGAGGGGAAGAACGUUUACACUGAGAUCAAAUGUACCUCGCUGCUGCCUCUGGAGGACGUAGUGAGAGUGGUGACACAUGAGGACUGCAUCACCGAGGUGAAGGUGGCCUAUGUGAACUUUGUCAAUCACUGCUACGUGGACACAGAGGUUGAGAUGAAGGAAAUCUACACGUCGAACCACAUCUGGAAGCUGUUUGAAGACUUCACCGUGGACAUGGCCAGGGUUUGUAACAAACGAGAGAAGCGUCUCUCCGAUCCCAUCCUGGAGAAAUACAUCAUCAACGUGGUCUUUGACACCAUCCACGCCUUCUUCAGCUCCCCCUUCUCCGAGAACAGCACCUCUCUGCAGACUCAUUACACCAUCGUGACUCAGCUGCUUCAGUCGUCUGUCCGGCUGUUGGACUGUCCCUGGCUGCAGCAGCAGCACCGAGGACAGGUGGAGACCUGCAUCAGGACGCUCGCCAUGACAGCUAAGAGUCGUUCGAUCACUCUUCCUCUGGACCUGGAGUCUCAGAUCAGCUCCAUGUUGUCCACAUCUGCUCUCAACUCUCUGUCCCGCUCCAACCCCAACUACAAGUCCUUGUCCCGCUCCUCCAGACCCAUCGCUCCCAGCAACCCCUGGGACUACAAGAACAUCAUAGAGAAACUGCAGGACAUCAUCAACACUCUGGAGGAGCGCCUAAAGCCGCUGGUGAACGCGGAGCUGUCGGUGCUGGUGGACGUCCUCCACCAACCGGAGCUCCUGUUCCUGGAGGGAACCGAUGCCCGACAGCGCUGUGAGUCCGGAGGAUUCAUCUCCAAGCUGAUCCAGCACACCAAAGCUCUGAUGUCUUCAGAGGAGAAGUUGUGUAUCAAAGUCCUGAGGACUCUGCAGGAGAUGCUGAUCAGGACUCUGGACUUUGAUGAAAAGGGAAUCGCGCUGCGGAAGGUUUUGCUGCAGAACUACUUGUUUCCAAACAAGAAGAACAACCCGAAGAAUGACCUGGCUGAGCUCGGAGCUGCAGGUGGGGAGCAGGAGCGGGACUGGGCAGCGGUGGCGGCGGUUCAGUGUCGUCUGGACCGAGAAGGAGGAACAAAGCUGUUCACCGAUCUGGUGAUGAGCACCAAGAACGACAAGAUCUUCCAGGAGAGCAUCCAGAUGGCCAUCUGUCUGCUGGAGGGAGGGAACACGGAGAUACAGAACUCCUUCUACAAACUGAUGAUGGGCGACAACAAGUCAGAGAAGUUCUUCAAGGUUCUUCACGACCGGAUGAAAGAAGCCCAGACAGACAUUAAAGCUACGGUGUCGGUUAACGUCGGAGAGAUGACGCACAAGGCCAACGAGAAGGAGCUGGAGACCGGCGGCUCUACAGCGCUAGUACUUCCUGGUACAGCAAGUCACCCGUUGUUGGUCCAGGGCCAGGCCAUCGCCCCGGUGCCGGGUGCCGCAGCCCUGCCGGUCCAACCGGUAGCGGAGCAGAGAGAGGUGGAGACAGAGAUGGGACCAGCUGUGACCAUCAUGAAGCCGAUCCUGAGGUUCCUGCAGCUGCUGUGUGAGAACCACAACCACGACCUGCAGAACUUCCUACGCUGCCAGAACAAUAAGACCAACUACAACCUGGUGUGUGAGACUCUGCAGUUCCUGGACAUCAUGUGUGGAAGCACCACGGGAGGACUGGGCCUGCUGGGCCUCUACAUCAACGAAUCCAACGUCCACCUGAUCACUCAGACCCUGGAGACACUCACCGAGUACUGCCAGGGCCCCUGCCAGGAGAACCAGACAUGUAUAGUGACCCAUGAGUCCAACGGCAUCGACAUCAUCACAGCCCUGAUCCUGAAUGACAUCAGUCCUCUGUGCCGGUACCGGAUGGAGAUGGUGCUCCAGCUGAAGGACAAUGCCUCCAAGCUGCUGCUGGCUCUGAUGGAGAGUCGCCACGACAGCGAGAACGCAGAGAGGAUCCUGUUCAACCUCCGACCACGAGAGCUGGUGGAGGUGAUAAAGAAGGCCUACCAUCAGGACAGUGAGUGUGAGUUUGAGGAGGUGGAAGUGGAGGUUUCUCCCCGCGAGGUGGGACACAACAUCUACAUCCUGGCUCAACAGCUGGCGAGACACAACAAGGUCCUGCAGAACCUCCUGAAACCCCAGAAGAACAGUAAAGAGGGAGAGGAGGGGAUCUCCUCCAUGUUGAACCUGAACAACCGUCCUCUGUCCCAGAUGUUGAAGUCUUCAGCUCCAGCUGCUGUUGUGGAACAGGACCCUCUGGAGUACUACGACCAGCUGACCUCACAGAUAGAGAUCGUCCGUGAGGACCGCAGUAUGGAGCAGAUCGUGUUUCCCGUUCAUCCGAUCUGCGAGUUUCUGACCGAAGAGUCCAAGUUGAGAGUGUUCAACACCACGGAGCAGGACGAGCAGGGGUCAAAGGUCACGCACUUCUUCGAACAGACGUCCUUCCUGCACGGAGAGAUGGAGUGGCAGAAGAAGCUGAGGAGUAUGCCGGUGUUGUACUGGUUCUCCAGGAGGAUGUCUCUGUGGGGAACCAUCUCCUUCAACCUCGCCGUCUUCAUCAACCUCAUCAUCGCCUUCUUCUACCCCUACAACUCCGGACAAGUAGGCGCGAUUGACGACUCCCUGUUGCUGAUGCUGUUCUGGAUCCUGAUCGGUCUUUCCGUGUUGGCCCUGCUCUCUCAGCGUUACGGCCUCCAGCCGCUCACCCUCGCUCUCAUCCUCAGAUCCAUCUACCACCUCGGCAUCGGCAACACGCUCAUACUGCUGGGAUCACUCAACCUGAUCAACAAGGUGGUGUUUGUGGUGAGCUUCGUGGGGAACAACGGGACGUUCAUUAUGGGAUACAAAGCCAUGGUGAUGGAUGUGGAGUUCCUGUACCACCUGGCCUACGUCCUCACCUCCACGCUGGGAUUGUUUGUCCAUGAGCUCUUCUACAGCAUCCUGCUGUUCGACCUGAUCUACCGGGAGGAGACCCUGUUUAACGUGAUAAAGAGCGUCACUCGGAACGGGCGCUCCAUCCUGCUGACGGCACUGCUCGCUCUCAUCCUCGUCUACCUCUUCUCCAUCGUCGGCUUCCUCUGCCUGAAGGAUGAUUUCAUCAUGGAGGUUGACCCGCUGUUGCAGAUUGCUGCAGGACCUCAGCAGAGUGAAGCCUCUCAGGAUUUCAUCAAUUCGUGUUCUACAGAUGGAGUCAGCUGCACGUCGGAGACCGACGCUGUCGCCGCCGUUGAGGAGGAAGAGGAGCCGAGCUCGGAGCGAGCAUGCGACACUCUGCUGAUGUGUAUCGUCACUGUGUUGAACCACGGACUGAGGAACGGAGGAGGAGUCGGAGACGUUCUCCGCAAACCAUCCAAGAACGAGACGCUGUUUCCGGCCCGGGUGGUGUACGACCUGUUGUUCUACUUCAUUGUCAUCAUCAUCGUCCUAAACUUGAUCUUUGGCGUCAUCAUUGACACAUUCGCCGACCUGAGGAGUGAGAAACAGAAGAAAGAGGAGAUACUGAAGACCACAUGUUUUAUCUGCGGUCUGGAGCGAGAUAAGUUUGACAAUAAGACGGUGUCAUUCGAAGAGCACAUCAAACUGGAGCACAACAUCUGGAACUACCUGUACUUCAUCGUUCUGGUGCGUGAGAAGAACAAGACGGACUACACCGGACCGGAGAGCUACGUCGCUCACAUGAUCAAAAACAACAACUUGGACUGGUUUCCACGGAUGCAAGCAAUGUCUCUGGUGGUAACCGACGGUGACGGGGAGCAGAACGAGAUGAGGAUGUUACAGGACAAACUGGCAGCGACAAUGAAGGUUGUGACAACCCUGACGACUCAGCUGACUGAGCUCAAAGAGCAGAUGACUGAGCAGAGGAAGAGGAGGCAGAGGAUGGGAUUCGCUGACGUCCAGGCGGGAGCCAGCGCAGCGCUGCCGCCCAGCGCCGCCGGAGGGAACCACCAGAUCUACAAACAAUAAAGAACUGAUUACUGUUCACUACAACAUCUGUACACCACACAGUUGGACUGAUGGACCGCCCCACACACGGUUCUCCUGCAGAAAAACACUAGAAUAUUAAACAGAAAGCUAAUGUUUCUCACUGAAAACACAAGAUUCUUUUUGUUUGCUUUUACUUUUUAAUGUGUCUCUGAUCCAGAGUCAGUAAGAUCUCCACCAUUACUGUAUAAUGUAAGACAUGUUGAUAGUAUCUCAGCUAAGAUUAGUUCAUAUUUUGAUUAAUUUAAAUAUAUUGUGUGUGUGUGUGUACAACAGACACCUGAAAGUGACAAAUAUUCAAUAUUGUAGAUAAAAUGAACUCACUUUCUCACUGUUUGUGCGCCGUAUUGGAGGUCUAGAUGAGGCUGUUUUAAGUGAUCGAUCUGACUGAUUUUGUGUUUAGCUAACUUUAGUUCAGUGUGCUAGCCAAUGUUUUAGCACAGUGGUUCCCAACUUGGGGGUUAGGACUCCUAUAGGGAUCACCAAAGCUUAAUGGGGGGUCGGAAAGCCUUGUUUUAAGGGGUGAGUGGUCAUUGUUCUAUUUGUGAAUUAUGAUUCGGGAAAAAUUCAUCCAAAUCACUUGUUUUAAAUAAACUCCAAAUAAAAUAAGUCACUUAGUCAGGGGUCAUCAGUUUACACAAGGGACAAGGUUGGGAACCAGUGUUUUAGCAGAAGCUAACAGCAGCAGCAGUUAUUAGUGACAUUUUCUGGUGGAACUUUGGUUCAGAUUUAAAGUUCGGACCGAGUUAGUUCAGAUUCUUCCCUCUACAAGUGUUGGGAGAGGACUCUGGCUUCAGACUAUAUCCAAACCCUUUAAUAUUAAUACAUUUUGGGCCAUUUCUGCAGAUCUCCAGGAUGGAGCUUGAACUAAAAUUUGGGAGAUUUGUGAUGCAGCUUUAAAUCUUCCAUAGAGUCCAGAAAUUAUGGUUUUACUUUGGAUCAACCUGUAAGUCACGGUUACUCAGAGUUCCAACAACAGAUUAUUAAUAAAUCUUGCCUCAGGUUUUGUUCAACAAAAUAAUUUCCAAAACAGAAAAUUAGUAGGGAUGCGCAAUACAUCUCAUAAAUUAUAUUUUAUUAUUCCAAUAAUUAAAUUUUAGCCGAUUUUUUGUAGCAAAAAUCUUCUGAUACUUUGGUCCUGGUGACAAGACGAAUAUCCGAUUAAUAAAAAGUGAGUCAAUUAAAACUCUCCAUAAGUGGGGCAGCCCUAAAAAUAAUAAUUUAUUUUAAAUUCUUAUGCUAACCCUCAGGUGUGUAUAAACUACAGGUUGUGAACUUUUUUUUUGUUUAUUUAAAAUACAAAAAUGUGAAAUUAUUGUUGUUUACCUUAUCGCAUAAAAAAAUAUUGUGCAUCCCUAAAAAUGACAAUUGAAACUUUAAUAGGUGUAAUUUCUGCUUUGGAACAAACCAACUGUUCUGGGUUUUGUGAUUUUCUACACAAACUGAAAAACGUAAAAUCUAGAAGUCAAAGACUUCCUGGUUGGAGGACUACAAGCUGUCAAUCACUGUUCAGUGUCAUAGUAAAAGGCUAAAAUGUGCGCCUCUGUGUGUGCUUGUAGGCUCAGAGAAUAACGAGACAUCGACUCACUUUAGUUAUUUUAAGAAACUGUAAAUAGAGACUGACGUGUGUUUCUUUGUUGAUGACAGGAUGAAAUAUUUUGUGAAUGUAAAGUGAGCUGAACCCAGCUGUGUUUUUUUUAUUGUAAAUCUAGGGAAACUGUAGUUUUUAAUUGAUAUACAUUAUUAUUAUUAUUAUUAAUAAUAAUAAUGAUAAGGUUUAAUAGUGAUUUAUGUCAGAAGAGAGCAGCUGUUUGUUUCUAACACUGUAACUAGCUCAGUACAGACACUGGAUUAUAGUUGAACUGCUUUUAGUUUGUGAACAGAAAUAACUUUUGUUUUUCAAUGAGAUGGGUACACAGAGUGAGGAAGAGGAGGAUGGGGACGGUUUAAUGAAGACCACACAUCUUCAAAAUCAAUAAAAUAUUUACUAUGGAGGAACAAAAUGCAUUUUUUUCUUACUUGUUAAUGAAUUUUAGAAUGCGGUAUGAUCUGGUGGGGUUUUAAUUAAAUGCUCCUUUAAAGUUAAAAACAUUAAUACUACAGCCCUGGUCAGGACCACCACUAGGAGUCACAAGGCCUUCUUGAUUUUAAGGGGUGUAAGAAAGCUUUUUUAUAAUUAUACAGUAGACCUAUAAAUCAGGGUUUCAUCGAUUUCUGUAAUGCAAUGAGCCAGCUUGUGGUACUUUCCAAUCUCACCUCACCAUUCUGCAGUCGGGACAUCAGAAAACAGUCCAUCUGUUGGGAAAAUCUGUCUUUAUUCCUUUUUAAUAAAAACAAAAAACAAAACAUUAACCUGUAGGUUUCGCUUUCUGCUGCAUCCACAUGGAUUCAGGCAGAUGUCUACUUCAGCAGUUCAUAGCAUUAUAGCAUUGUAUCUUAACAUUGUUUUUACUGUUUUAUUACAUAAGCUGGGUCGGCAAUACGAUGUCAAAUGGAUGCCUGCAUCUUAAUAACUUUACAUUUAUUACAUCAUCGUUUCUAUUUAUGUGCGAUUCACCAAAACAUUAAUUCAAAGAAACUACAUUUAUUUUGUUGUUUGCUGUUUGUUGUUGUCAUUUUUAUUCACUAACGUCUGUCAGAUAAAUCUGUCUGCAUGAACAAUUUCAACAA